UGUGGCUGGGGUAACUAGUGACGACUGUGUUGUCAUAAUCACCCACCCGAGUGGAUGCAGGGUGAUUCUCCUAUUGUACAGAAUAGGAUAGGGGGAACCAUGGCGUACUUGCGAGGCCCCCCAUCUAAUAUCCAACGCACAGAGAAUAUGAAUUGUGCGCGAUUUUUGUGCUGAACCAAGAUCCUCUAUUUUUAAAACGCAAAACCAGGACCUCGGAUUAUUUCUACGCGCACCAUUUUGAUCGAAGCGGUCCAUGAUGGAGCACAUCCGAACGCCAAAGGUGGAGAAUGUCCGCCUGAUUGACCGUACGGCCCCUAGGAAAGCCACGGUGGGGACGCUAUACCUCUCUGCCACACACACCAUCUUCGUGGAGAACAAUCCAGAGACACGCAGAGAGACUUGGGUGCUCCACAGCAUGGUGGCCAGUGUGGAGCGGCCGCCAACCACCCCUUCAGGAAGCCACCUGGUCGUCCACACUAAGAACUUCCAGGUGGUUCAGCUGCUCAUCCCCCAGGAGAGGGACGCCAUGGAUGUCCAGGCCUCGCUCGCACGCCUCUCUCGCCCAGAGAAAUAUAGCGAGCUCUACUGCUUGUCCAUCAAUCCCAACGCCAACAAGGAGGAGCGGGAGGAGUCCUGGAGUUUCCUAGACCUGCAGGCGGACUACAGACGCAUGGGCGUGCCCAACAACCUCUGGGUCAGCACGCCAGCCAACAGCGAGUACAGGGUGUGUGAUACGUACCCAUCAGAGCUGUUUGUGCCAAAGUCGGCCACACCUCCAGUCAUCGUGGGGAGCUCUAAGUUCCGGAGCCGAGGGCGUUUACCCGUCCUGACGUACUUCCACCAGGAUACCCUAGCUGCUAUCUGCCGCUGUAGUCAGCCCCUGUCCGGCUUCAGCGCUCGCUCCCAGGAUGAUGAACAAAUGCUGGAGGCCAUCAUGAAGUCCAACCCGAGCAGCGACUACAUCUACGUGGUGGACACCAGGCCAAAGUUGAAUGCGAUGGCCAACCGGGCGGCUGGAAAAGGCUAUGAGAACGAAGACCACUACACCAACAUCAAACUGCAGUUCAUCGGCAUCGAGAACAUCCACGUGAUGAGGAACAGCCAGCAGAAGAUCAUUGACGUGGGUGAACUCAAGACUCCCUCCAUGGGCGACUUCCUGUUGGGGCUGGAGAGCUCCGGUUGGCUGAAGCACAUCAAAGCCGUGCUGGACGCAGGCGUCUUCAUCGCCAAGGCGGUUGCGGAGGAGGGUAUCAGUGUGGUGGUCCACUGUUCGGACGGUUGGGACAGGACGGCCCAGGCCUGCUCUGUAGCCAGUGUUCUCCUGGAGCCUUACUACAGGACUAUGAAGGGACUCAUGCUGCUAAUCGAGAGGGACUGGGUGUCGUUCGGUCACAAGUUUUCACACAGGUACAACCAUCUGGAAGGUGAUUCUAAGGAGGUAUCCCCGGUGAUAGACCAGUUCCUGGAGUGUGUGUGGCAGCUGUCAGAGCAGUUCCCCUGUGCCUUUGAGUUCAACGAGCGCUUCCUGGUCCAGCUGCACAGACACGUCUACUCCUGCCAGUACGGCAACUUCCUGGGCAACAGCCAGAAGGAGAGGAGGGACAUGGGGUUGCGUGAGAGGACUCACUCCCUGUGGCACCAGCUGUGGAAGGACAGGGCACAGUACGCCAACCCCUUGUACAGGGCUGACCACACCCAGACUCAGGGGAUGCUACGGCCAAACACCUCCCCCUACUGCUUCAAGAUGUGGAAGGGCAUGUAUAACCGCGUGGAGAAGAGCGCGCCCCCACGCCAGACGCCCACCGACUUACUGACAGCUGUCAGGGAGGAGACUCAGCAGCUGGAGGAGGAGCUGACCAAUCACCAGGAGAGGAUUGCAGCCCUGAGGAAGGGGGAUCAAACUAAGGGUAAUGCGGGUCAGAAGACCAACAAAGUGUGUGAGGAAGAAUGCAGGCCAGGUGGGCUGGCUCCUCCCACUGGAGAUGGCCCCUUCACUAGCCCCCCUCAGGACUAUUUUCCCUCCCAGGGGGGGCCCCCGGGCCCAGCUAUGACCCUGCUCUUGGGGCCCUCCAAGGGCCCUGGCCCCGACGACCUCUCCUCGGCUUGCAGCGACAUGGAAUCAGGCGUGGCCGACCUCAGCAGCCCCGACGACAGUAAGGACCCCGACGAGGCCGUCUACUGCACGGCCUGAGCAAAAAUGGCGAUCAAUGAGGGGCUUGUCGGAGGGGGGGUUGCCUUGACAAUUGAAUAUCACAGAGGUCUCUGUUUUGAGACGGGGCCAAUUGGACUGGAUUUGACUUGUGAUCGUUUUGUGUGUAGUUAGUAUCUGAGCACAACGUGAGCACCUGCCGGGUAUUGUGGUAACACUGGGUAGCUGUAGUGGAUGUUUGAACCCCAUACUAGUGUAAAAUGUGAACAAAAAUAUUCCAGGACCAAACGUUUACAGCAAAGGCAAAAUACUGGUGUGUGCAAUAUUUUGUCUUAAGCUAUUAGGUUGAGUUACAAUGUACUGUACAACAUUUUAAAACAGAAAAAAACAAUGUACAUUUGUUUGUACUUUCCUUCAGACCAAUGCAUUACAUUGGUCGCACCAAGUAGGACUACCCCUCCGAAAUCUAUUUGUCCAUUCUGAAGUCUGAACAAGCAUAUAGGCUACAAUGUUUCCCAGUGGUAUAUCAUGGUUGUGAUCAGGAGGCAAAAAAACCUUCAGGAAACUAUUGACCGUUUCACCUCGUUCUGCACUUAUGAACACGACCCAGAUAACACUGUCAAACAUGGCACAUGUUCUUGGAACAUUUAUCACCACCCAAUCUAGUUAUGUUUACUGUCUCGUUCCAAUAACCUGCCUUCUCACACAAAUGAAGAACCACUGCACUUCUCAACUAGCCUGGAUGAACAGAAAUGUCUGCGUUGCCAUGACUAGGCUUUUAUUUGCUCUUGAAAUGAAGUGAAAGUUGCUGCUUAUUAGUAAUGAAGAGAGACGUACUCUUUCCUUUGGAAAGCCCAUUGAACGGCGGUAACCUUUUCAGAUGGUUAUUCCCACUGCUGUGUAUAUUUAACUGUGUAUACGAGUGCAUUCACUAGCGCUGAAGUAUGAACACUUAGGACACAUUAGAAAUGUUUCAACACCAGAGCACCACUUAGAAUGCAUGGCCAACACAGUGGUUCAAUCUGAGUGGGAUGUGGGUGGGGAUUUUGGAACUCAAAUCUCUUUGUGAUAGGUAGCAUUAGUUAGCCUGUGUGCCAUUCUGUUUCUGUCCCCUUGCCAACUGCCUACAGACGGGUUAGCUGACAACAGCAUGAAAAGAUGUGUGUGCGCUUCAAAGGGGCAGAAAGCCGUGUUAUGGUUCUGGAUGGCCAGAUCACUAGCAACUAUGACAAACUGCCGUGUGGGGGAUCCUAGGUGGCUCGUUUCAUCUUGUUCUUGAGACCAUGUCUUGUUUUGAUCUAUGCUAAUAUGGCUAACAUUUGCUAGCUAGCUAACCAACAACUGUAACAAUCUAUUUGAGAGACAAGUACUCAUUGUGGAACUUUAUUUAUGUUUUCAAUAAACAUUGGAGACUAAAUAUAGUUUACAUGUUGUCAACAAUCUAAGCCAACCACGUCCGUUUUGCCCCAUAGUUGCACACGCGUCGGUUUUGUUGCUAAACAACCAACCCGUAUGUGGAAUUGUCAUGGCUUGACAAUGGCUAAAUCCAAUGGAUAUCCUUUCCACUGUCGUAUUUAGUGUUCACUGUAUACGUUGUUGUAAAUGACCUGAAAUAAACUAUUCACUGUCAAAGGGAAAUGACAUGUGA